GAGAUGAUGUCCACAUAAGGUAGAUCUGGUGGAGUGCAGGCGGUGAUCGAAGGCGGCAGGAGAGGGCAGAAGGAAUACUUGUGCCAAAAUGAAGGAAGGGGAUGGCGUCAGGCCGCCGCUCUUCUCCGCUCUCCGCCUCCGCUUCUGCCUCUGCUUCUGCUUCUGCCGGGAGAGUUUGGAAGGGAAUCUAUUAUUAUAGGCGUUGUCUGGGUGAGUUCACUCUUCAGGAUCCAGGACGUGGUCUGGUGUCUUCUGGAGGACAUUUCUCCGUUCUGUCUGAUUGUGGCAAAAUCGUUCAUCGCUUACCUGAGGAGGACCCCGCAGCUUUCCUUUCCCCUCUGCAACUUCGGGACUCGACGUACCAACAUACACCGAAACACCAGAGUUGAAGCUUACCUCUCUCUGUUACUCCCGCACUUGCGCAUCCAUCUCAGCCGGACAAGCACACUCUCAAAGUCUGCCUGGUUGUUCAGAACCUAGGACGUCAAGAUGCUGAAAAUAUGGUCGAUGGUAUCACUCCCGUCAUUCCCUCUUCUUUACAUCGGGUGCAACCACCUCAUACUAAUCCUGA